AUGUGCAGACACCCACUCUCUCUCUCACACACCUGUACGGACGCCGUCACUCACUCUCACACACCUCAACCUUUGCUCCUCUCCCUCUUCCCACCCCACCAUUUGCCCAUCUCCCUCUCCCCACCCCACCGUUUGCCCAUCAACCUCUCCCCACCCCACCUUCUGCCCAUAUACCUCUCCCCACCCCACCGUUUGCCCAUCUCCCUCUCCCCACCCCACCGUUUGCCCAUCAACCUCUCCCCACCCCACCCUUGGCCCAUCCACCUCUCCCCACCCCACCUUCUGCCCAUAUACCUCUCCCCACCCCACCGUUUGCCCAUCUCCCUCUCCCCACCCCACCUUCUGCCCAUAUACCUCUCCCCACCCCACCGUUUGCCCAUCUCCCUCUCCCCACCCCACUGUUUGCCCAUCAACCUCUCCCCACCCCACCUUCUGCCCAUAUACCUCUCCCCAACCCACCGUUUUGCACAUCUCCCUCUCCCCACCCCACCGUUUGCCCAUAUACCUCUCUCCCCAUGCCACCGUUUGCGCAUCUCCCUCUCCCCACCCCACCGUUUGCCCAUCAACCUCUCCCCACCCCUCCCUUUGCCCAUCCACCUCUCCCCACCCCACCUUCUCCCCAUAUACCUCUCCCCACCCCACCGUUUGCGCAUCUCCCUCUCCCCACCCCACCGUUUGCCCAUAUACCUCUCCCCACCCCACCGUUUGCCCAUCUCCCUCUCCCCACCCCACCUUCUGCCCAUAUACCUCUCCCCACCCCACCGUUUGCCCAUCUCCCUCUCCCCACCCCACCGUUUGCCCAUCAACCUCUCCCCACCUCACCUUCUGCCCAUAUACCUCUCCCCACCCCACCGUUUGCCCAUCUCCCUCUCCCCACCCCACCGUUUGCCCAUAUACCUCUCCCCACCCCACCGUUUGCCCAUCUCCCUCUCCCCACCCCACCGUUUGCCCAUAUACCUCUCCCCACCCCACCGUUUGCCCAUCUCCCUCUCCCCCCCCCCACCGUUUGCCCAUAUACCUCUCCCCACCCCACCGUUUGCCCAUCUCCCUCUCCCCACCCCACCGUUUGCCCAUCAACCUCUCCCCACCCCACCUUCUGCCCGUUUACCUCUCCCCACCCCACCGUUUGCUAUUAUAACUCUGCAUGUGGAGGAGUGGGUGAACCCCCUCUUCGCCACAGCCGCUGAGGACGCGGCGGCGGCUGAGGCGAUGGAUCAUGAGGAUUGUGGGGACUUGCCGCCUGAGGAGGAGGAAGAGGAGGAUGACGAGGACAAGGACGAGGACGAGGACGACGAGGAGGAGGAGGAGGAGGAGGGGGAGGAGGAGGAGGAGGAGGAGGAGGAGGAGGAGGAGGAGGAGGAGGAGGAGGAGGAGGAGGAGGAGGAGGAGGAGGAGGAGCGAGACAUGGAGGGGGAUGUGGAGGAGGACUACGGGGAGUGA